ACAUUCAUGAGGCCUAUUUUCUUGACAUAAUUAAUAACCUUCAAAGCUUCGCGACGCAAGUAUGAGUUUGAACCUGCGCAGAGGACGUAUCAAUUAAUUACUAAACUGUCGCCAGGACAAUGAUAAACAAAAUAUGGAUGACAACCGCUGUCACUCUGCUGAUGGUAUGCUGUCAAUCUGAAGGAACCCAUGACGAAACUGCCCCUGCACAUGGCACGUACAAGCGCGUCUGUUACUAUACUAACUGGUCACAGUACCGGUCGCCCCCAGGACGCUUCACCCCAGAUGAUAUCGACCCACGACUCUGCACCCACAUCAUAUUUGCGUUUGCCAAGGUCGUGAACAGUGAGAUGCACACUAUUGAGUGGAAUGAUAUACAAAUGUUUGAAAAGCUCAACGCUUUGAAAAAUCGAAAUCCGGGUUUAAAAACGCUUAUUGCAGUGGGUGGAUGGAAUGCUGCAAGUAAUGAGUUCACGAAAAUGGUGUCAUCAGUGGCGUUUAGGCGGAAGUUUGUUCUAUCAGCGUUGGCCUUCAUCAGUCGCUAUGGUUUCGACGGCCUCGAUCUGGAUUGGGAAUACCCCGGACAGAGAGGAGGAAAGCUCUCCGACAAACGAAACCUUGUAAAACUUCUUCAGCAUCUGCACCGCGCGUUCACGCCGAAGCAUUAUCUCCUGACGGCGGCCGUUCCGGCGGGCAAGAAGAACGUUGACGUCGGCUAUGACGUACCCCAGCUUGCCAAGUAUCUAGACUUUAUCAAUGUAAUGACCUACGACCUUCACGGUGGCUGGGAGCGGCAGACGGGCCUCAACUCGCCCCUGUACCCGCGGACGGGGGAAACUGGCGCCGAGCGGGAGCUUAAUAUGCAAUGGGCGGCAAAUUACUGGGUAGCCAAGGGAGCGCCCCGCCACAAACUGGUGAUUGGCCUGGCUCUGUACGGACGCUCCUUCGCGCUGACGUCCCCCGCACGGACGGACGUCGGCGCACCAGCCACCGGCCCCGGACCCAAGGGCAGAUACACUGGAGAGGCAGGAUUCCUCGCGUACUAUGAGAUCUGCGCGAUGCAGGAAAGUGGGAAGGGGCGGACGAUCUGGCAAGCGGAACAACACACGCCGUAUUACGUUAACGGAAACCUCUGGGUCGGCUUUGACAACAAACGCAGCAUCACGGAAAAGGUGAAAUGGUUAAUGGAUAACAAGUUCGGUGGUGCGAUGGUCUGGUCCCUUGACCUGGACGACUUCCGGCGCACGUGCCGCACCUCUAUCGAACGUUACCCGCUUCUCUCCACCGUCAACCGUCUCCUUGCUUCCGGUCAGCAGCCAACGACGCCAGACAGACGGAUUGAAACAACGACGUCACGACAGAAAAACCAUACUGUCGUCACCACAACUUCGUCAUCGACCACUACGAUCCACUCCAAAACAGAGUUCACCUGUACGGGAAAGACUGAUGGGUAUUACGCGGACCCAAGCAGCUGUAAGCGUUUUUACCGGUGCAUCUUCCAGCGGAAGUACGAGUUCUCGUGCCCGGGUACGCUGGUCUUCAAUCCAAACGCAGGCUUCUGUGAUUGGCCAAGGAAUUACCCGUGCAAACACUAAUAAAAGAAAUCCAGUAAAACAGUACUGUACAGUGAUUGCCUGUCUCUGCCCAAAUAUAUCUUAUACCAAAGACGUUUACAAGCGCAAUUUUGGAACUUGCACCGAUAAGAGGUCUUUCGUUUAAGGUGGUUAUGUAAAACCACAAAAAAUAACGAGGCAAAUAUUGCGCAAUUCCAAAACUCGUUCAUUGCUUGUACAUUAUAUUAUUGUUUUCGCCAGUUAUCCCCCAGGGUCUGUCGCCAUUAGUUACAUUCUUAUUUUUACAUUCGGUCAUUUCUUUACAAAUCUAGUCCAGAAUUUUACUUGUUAAUUUCUAAACCAUAUCAUACUCUGUGUUCUACUGUUGCUUUACUACAUGAAAUUAUUUAUUUUUUAUACAUGUCUUUUUUUGUAAUUUUAUGUUUACAUGUAUUUCAAUAAAUAUUUUGCUACUAUGA